GGUGGGGGAAGCAAAGGGGGCUUCUCUCUCUCUCUCUUUCUCGACUCUUCUUGUUGUGGUUGCCGCCUGCACGCAUGGCGCUCGCUGCUGCAGCCCAACCCUGCCUCCCUCAACUUUCCUCCGGAUUUACUACUUUGAUCGAUUUCGUCGCUGAAUGAGAAAAUAUCGCUCGGUGCUCUGCAUUGGUCGUCAGAGGUUAAGGUUCACCCGAGGAGGCCAUUGGCGGAGAGGCGUCACGUGACCACGGGGUGCCAAUGUUCUUCUACAAGGGUGUCAAGACCCUGUCACUUUGUGAAAUAAAUAUUGGGAAACGGCGAGAUGCAAAAGGCAACCUACUACGACAGCUCGGCAAUUUACAGUGGCUACCCGUAUCAAAGCGCAAAUGGCUUCGGUUAUGAUGCCAAUCAGGUCCAAUAUCCCCGCGCCUCUCAUGUGGAAAGUGACUACAAUCGACCCGCCUGCUCCCUGCAGUCUCCCGACGGCUCGGCGGCUCCUCUGCGCAAGCCGCCGGAGAUGCAGGCGAUGGAGAGCUGCGACGGCACGGCGGCGCCGUCCAGGGCGCGGCAUCCCGAGGGCAGCCCGCCUCCCUCCCGCUCGCCCUCCGAUAGCGGCCAGAACGCCAACAACGGCGGCGGGCAACCGAGUGCCAAGAGCGGUUCGCCGUCUUCGGGCCCCCGCGGCAAGCAGAUCUUCCCUUGGAUGAAGGAGUCCCGCCAGAACACCAAGCAGAAACCAGCAAAUAGCGCCAGUUCAGCGGAGAGUUGCCCGGGAGACAAGAGUCCUCCUGGGUCGGCCGCCUCCAAGAGGGCCAGGACGGCUUACACCAGCGCCCAGCUCGUGGAGCUGGAGAAGGAGUUCCACUUCAACCGCUACCUUUGCCGGCCUCGGAGGGUGGAGAUGGCCAACUUGCUCAAUCUGACGGAGAGACAGAUCAAAAUCUGGUUCCAGAACCGCAGGAUGAAAUACAAGAAGGAUCAGAAGGGCGUAGGGAUGAUGCCUUCCCCUGGGGGGCAGUCCCCUCGGAGUCCGGUGGGCCCCCCUUCCGGUGGAGGAUACCUCAGCUCUAUGCAUUCUCUCGUAAACAGUGUUCCUUAUGAGUCCCAGUCGCCGACGUCUUACAGUAAGACUCACCCGAACGCCUACGGCAUGCCUACGUCAUACCCUCCCGCUGGUUUGAACAGCUCCCACAAAAGGUAUCCAGACUCGGCCACGCCCGAGUAUGACGCGCACCCCCUACAGGGGGGCAACUACGGCACACACAUGCAAGGCAGCCCCGUUUAUGUCGGCGGAGGUUACGUGGAACCCAUGGCCAACUCCGGGGCUUCCGUAUUCGGCCUGACGCACCUCCCGCACCCGCCGUCCUCCAACAUGGACUACAACGGAGCAAUCACGAUGGGCAACAGUCAGCAUCACGGCGUGUGUGAUCCAACGCCCACGUACACAGACCUUACACCGCAAUACUCUCAGGGAAGAAUCCAGGAGGCGCCCAAGCUGACUCAUCUGUAGCGGCUCACGGCGCAGUCCGUAUCACUCCGCCCAUUGUCUUGUAGCCACCUCGGGACCGCAUCACCAUCUUUUGUUUGUGUGCCUCCACACAGCGCCGACCUUCUCUCUUUCUCGCGCUCUCGCCCCCCCCCCCCCGUCCCCCCUUUCGGUUUCUUUUAGUUCGACGAUGUGUGAAGUAGCGUAUAGGAUAAAUGUCUAUAUUUUUUCUUCUUCUGAAAGACAUUUCUGAGGUCUCGAGGAGGAUGUCGAGCGAGCCAAGGCCUAUUUAAUCUAUUUUAAGUGUAUUUUCAAUUUCAAACAGGGUAUUAUGAAAACAUGUUAUUCGUUUUUUAUGUGAACUUAUUUAUCCGCAUUUGAAGUUUUUUUAAUGCAUUUUGUUGCACUUGUGAAAGGAUCCAGGGCAUACGUGACAGAAAUGCAUUUGUCAAAUUAAGGGUCACGAGCGAAUCGGCUGCAACCCUUUUGCUUAUUUUGUUCUAUUUGGACUUUCUGAUGUUAUUUAUUUUUUUUUGUUUAGUGUUAAAAAGUAGUCCUAUUAUUAUUUGACACCCUUGCGAGAAGCUCAGUGGGUUCAAGACCCCCCCCCCCUCCCCAUUUUCAACCCACGUCCUGACCACGCAAGCUGCAUUUCCACCCUUCGUCUUCGAUUAAACAAUUCGUUUUUAUCGUAAUUUUCUUACAGAAUAUAAAACCAAUCGGUCGACACAAUAUGGGUGGAAAUGAGGAUACACUUUCGUCGUUUCUUUAUUGAAAAAUAUUCAAACACACGACAAACCCUUUCAUACAUUCCAUGCUGCUCCAGUUCGAAGAAGUAAAUAAAACAAUUGAAAUACAAUCAAAGCAUAUCUCUUUUAAUUCAGACAAACUAUCAGAAUGCACAUCAUUUAUUUUUGAUUGAAAAAUGAGACUGGAAUAAUCAUUACCUGCAGUCGACUUGAAAAGUAGUGCGCAAAAAAAACCUCAACGCACAAAUAAUCUUGUCAUAAAUUAUUCUGGUAUAAAAAAAUAUGCCAUUAACAUCCUUCGGCAAGAUAUCUGGAACUGGUGGUUACAUGCAAGCAAAAAAAAAAAGUUGCAUAAUUUAUUUCUCUCUCUUCCUGAUGAGACGUGAAGAAAACUCUCGGGUGGCCUUCUUCCCUCCUCUCAUUUCAUCUGCGUGGGCACAUCCAUAAUAAUAAAAAUGUCAAGCGCCGGACUUUUCAGCGGCCCCUGGAAGCAGACAACAAUCUAAAUGAGAAAUCGUUUGAAAACUAAUGUCCCUGAAUGUAUUUCGAGUCGGUCAAAUGUGGCCAGAGAGGAUACGAGCUCCAAGUGAAUUCGUACUGGCCUGUUUGUCUCAUUAUGCAGCAAAAUGCACGUAAAAGUCCAAAUAUGCUUAAAUGCAUCGUUAAGGAUGAUGGCUGAAGAAAAUUAAAUUAUCCUCGGAAUUGGUUUUCAACGUCGAAACAUUUUAAAGUGCACUAAAACGAAUAUGAUUCGGGGGUGGGGGG